CCUGACGUCACAUGCGGCGCUGACGUCACCAGAGACGCCCUCCUCACUGACCAAAAACAUUCGUGUGCAGGCGGUAGCGCUCAGGAGAGCCAGACAUCGCUAAUUGUUUUAGUCUUAUUCAUUAGCCUGACGCAGCCAACAGAGGUGUUUCGAAUAUGGUCUGUGGCGGUUUCACCUGUUCCAAAAAUGCGCUUUGUUCCCUGAAUGUGGUUUACAUGCUCGUCGGGCUGCUGCUGAUUGGAGUAGCAGCAUGGGGGAAGGGGUUCGGCUUGGUGUCGAGCAUCCACAUCAUCGGCGGUGUCAUCGCAGUGGGCGUCUUCCUGCUGCUCAUCGCCAUUGUAGGUCUCAUCGGAGCAAUACACCACCACCAAGUCAUGCUCUUCUUUUACAUGGUCAUUCUUUUUAUCGUUUUCCUGUUCCAAUUUGGAGUCUCCUGUUCCUGCUUGGCAAUGAAUCGUGGGCAGCAGGAGACCCUUCUGAACUCCACAUGGGGAAUGUUGGACAACAAGACCAAGAUGGAUCUGGAGAGUCAGCUGAACUGCUGUGGGCUUCUCAACGUCAGUCUAACACAGUUUGAUCAAGACCUGCAAAGCUGCCCUGCAUCAUGCAAAAGCAAGGGUUCCUGUUUCACCUGUGGGGAUAUGAUGCUGAAUCAUGCAACGGAGGCGCUGAAGAUCCUUGGGGGCGUGGGACUCUUCUUCAGCUUCACGGAGAUCCUCGGCGUGUGGCUCGCGAUGCGCUACAGGAACCAGAAAGAUCCACGAGCAAACCCAAGUGCUUUCCUAUAGUCAGUCCCUUGCACGCAGUGCGGCGCCGUAGACACAAUUUCAGACACACUGGUACACAUAGCGUUACGCACAUCUAGAUGCAGACACUCAGGCAUACAACACAGAGCCACAUCAACCACAACAGCACAGAAUGGACGAGCGCACGUAGCAUCUGACAAACACUAAAAAACAAAACACACACUCCUUCACCUGAGUCUGAGAAUCUACAACAGCCUGUCACCUGUUCAGAAAUUCUACCCAAGCUCAAGCUGGAAGACCUGGAUACUUAUGUAUGAAAGGAUAACUUGUGAUACCAAGAAGUGUGACUUGUUGGUAUCGCGACCCAGCCUUGAUUUGAGUACCAGAUUUCCCGAUUGCGGCCUGCUAAGUUUUCCAUGUAGCAAGCGAUGAGACAUCUCUGCAUGUGUCCCACGCCUGCACAGGCAAACAGCCUCUUUGUUGUUUUUAUUCCUCACUUCAACCAAAUGACUGUGCCGUGUUCGACGAGUAACCUGUAUGCACCUUGGAAUUUUCCUCUUGACUCUUAACGUAGUGCCACCGCUUAACGACAAAUAUAUUCCUCUGGUCAGUGCUGUCGGUGAUGUGUACACCUGUAUACCCACACGUCCAGUGUGUAGGAGGUAGUUGUCAGAGUCAGCUGUGGAGAAAAAGGAGGCACAGACUGGACGUGUGUUGUAAAGUAGUUUUUGAAUUGUGUUUAAAAAGUUGUUGUUUCCACAUGCAUCGAUGCCGGGGAGGUUUAACAGGAUCGGGAAGCAGGAGUAGAUUUUAGGUAAUGUUGUUGCUAGUCAUUCGGGUUCAAAUAUUUAUGAACUGUAACUGAGCCAACUAACUUUUCACAGUCAGAGAUGUUAGUAUGCCAAUGGACUGCAGCCGUGAUGUUGUACAUAAACUUGUAGAAAUCAUUUUCGAUGGGUUAGCCAUGUAGUUGCCCCUCUCGGCGAGAGGUUUGCCUGCAUAUUUGAGGUCUCCGAAGGCCGCAAUAAUCCACCCCUCCUGUUCUUAUUAUCUUCCUUUGUGUCACACAGUGAUGUUGCUUAGUAUAGAUUCUGGUAGUGGAUUCAGGUACGUAUCAUUACCUCCUGUGUAACUGGAUGAAAUCACAAUAAUGUAACUAGUAAGUGCUGUUUGAUUUGAACUAAUUGGGUAAAUUUGGCCAAAACUGCUUAUCGCAAACUCAGUUUUGUUUUUAUAGUGUUGAUUGUGAAAGUGUGCUGUUGCUUGCAAUUGUUUUCUUCUUUUAAAUAUAUUUUGAAAUAAUUAUUUUGUGGAAUUAUUGUUCUCUGUUGCCAUCAGCUUCCUUUUGUUAUGUUCAUCAGUGUUAAAUGCUUUGUAAAGACUUGUUAAGUAUUUUCAGGAUCUAUUUAAGUUUAGUUUGAUGAUGCACAUUAGGCUAACGGUUAUGUUGUAAUUUUGUAAUGGCGAGCUCAAUGUUGGACAUUUCCUGUUGACAAAUCUCUGCUCAUUAAUUCUCUCUUUUAAGAUGUGUUCUCUCUUUUGAAUUGCUUUUAACUUAAAGGACUAACAUGAACUAUAACUCCAUGUCUUACUUGAGCCUCUCAACCUGGCUGAUAGGGAUAUGCUGCUGCUGAUUCUGAGUUUUUGCUGGUGUGAGCAAACACUUUCACAGAUCUUAAGCAUCGUUAUUCCAUAUAUUACACCUCAGUUUGAAUUUGUGUGCACUUGUUCUUCAAACGUAUCUUGAAUUUUUGAGACUUAAUUUUACAAAUAAUAAAACCUCAAAUUGGAAA